UCUAGGUCAUUGAUGUCAUCUUAGCAGACACCUUCUCACGCAGGGCUUCCCCUCCUUUCUCCGCAGGCAGCCGGUGACCGAGGGCUCUCCCGCCUGGCUGCCCAUCGCUGCCUGCUCCGCGAUGGCGACUCCGGACGUCAGCGUUCACAUGGAGGAGGUGGUGGUGGUGACGACGCCCGACGGCGUGGUGGACGGAGCCGGCGUGGAAGAGGUGAAAACGGUGCUGGUCACCACCAACCUGUCCCAGCACGGCGGGGACAUAAACGAAGACACGCUGGAGACCGAAAAUGCGGCUGCUGCGGCUGCUGCCGCCUUCACGGCCUCCACGCAUCUGAAGGAAGCGGUCCUAGUGAAGAUGGCUGAAGAUGAGGACAGUUUGGAGGCAGAGAUUGUCUACCCCAUCACCUGUGGGGACAGCAAAGCCAACCUCAUCUGGAGAAAAUUCGUGUGCCCUGGGAUCAACGUGAAGUGUGUGCAGUUUGACGAUCACCUAAUUAGUCCCAAGGAGUUCGUGCACUUGGCGGGCAAGUCGACCCUGAAGGAUUGGAAGCGGGCCAUCCGGAUGAACGGGAUCAUGCUCCGGAAGAUCAUGGACUCGGGAGAGCUGGAUUUCUACCAGCACACAAAGGUCUGUUCCAACACCUGCCGGAGCACCAAAAUCGACCUGACCGGAGCCAGGGUGUCCUUGACCAGCCAGACAUCGACGGAGUACAUCCCCCUCACUCCCGCCUCUGCGGAUGGAUUCCCCAUAGCAGAGCUAGGCAGAGUCGUUGUUAGAGCAUCUCGGCAGAGAUGCAAUAACUCACCUAGGUGCUCUGUAACACUGCAUGACCCGAAGAGCCGCCCUUCUGGCCUCCUGCCUUACCCCAAACUGUAUGACACCUUCGCUUUCUGGCGAAGCCUGAAGGACACAGGUCUCCUGGAAGAAGUAAUCCAUGAGUUCCACCAGGAGCUAGUGGAGACCAUGAAGGGCUUGCAGCAGCGAGCACAGGAUCCCCCGCUGCAGCUCGGGGAUGCUGUUUUACUCAACAACGUAGUCCAGAACUUCGGUAUGCUGGAUUUGGUCAAGAAGGUCCUGGCCAGCCACAAGUGUCAGAUGGAUCGCUCGAGGGAGCAGUACACGCGGGAUUUGGCAGCUCUGGAGCAGCAGUGUGACGAGCACCGCAAGCGAGCCAAGGAGCUGAAGCACAAAUCGCAGCAUCUCAACAACGUCCUGAUGACCCUCACGCCCGUCUCCGUCCCCACGCCUUUAAAACGUCCCAGGCUGACCAGGGCCACCUCUGGACCAGCUGCCAUCACCUCCCAUCUCCUGUCCCAGCCAGCACAGCUCGCCGUCACCCCCGGCGUGCCCGUCUCCCAGCUUGCCAGCCUCCCUCUCGGCAAGGUGGUCUCAGCCCUCCCACCCUCAGUGCUGGGGAAGAGCCCGUCCCAGCCUCCCGCUGCCAGCUCCCCGGCCUCCCCGCUGCUGGGGGGGUACACGGUCCUGGCCUCCGCCGGCUCCACCUUCCCCGGUACGGUGGAGAUCCACCCGGACGCUUCCAAUCUGACGGUGCUGAGCACGGCCGCGGUCCAGGACGGCAGCACAGUUGUGAAGGUGGUGAGCCCCUUCCAGCUGCUGACGCUGCCGGGACUCGGCACGACCAUCCAGAACGUAACGCAAAUGGCUCCCGGCGGGAGCACAGUCGUGACCGUCCCAUCCGGUGCCACCGAGGCCACCGGGGACGAGCACGCCGCCGCCGCCAUAGAGGUGACCGCAGUGGCCGACGAGGCGGAGCAGAAGUGAAAGGGGGGACUUGCCUGGAGGGACGCUGGCCGUGCCGCUCUGGGUGGAACUGCCUUUUCUCUGGCUGCGCUGCGGGAAGAGGAGCAGUGUAAUGAGGGGCACGGGUUAACGAGACUCGGGGCGGCGCACGUUGGUAACGAGGAGCAGGUUCAGGUCAGAGGGAAGGAGGGGGAGGAAAGCCGCUCGGAGAAGGGAAAGGCAAAAAUGCCCUGCCGUGUUUGGAGGAGGAAAAAAAAAAGCUUAAUUUUUUGUAAAGCUUUCCUCUCCCAUUCUCUUGGAAUAGCUACUCCGUUCCAGCCCGCACCCUGCCUCAUCUGCAGGCGUAGCUGGAGCAGCACCCACCGGAGGAGCGGGCAGGAGCAGGGGCGCAGGGCAGGGAGGCGAGGG